AAUAAUAAGCAAGAACCACAAAACCAACAUGAAGAGGAACAUUUGUAACUCCUCCCCCUUUGUCCAACCCAAGAUACAUAUUCUCCUCAUAAUUCUCUUCACCAUUCUCAACACAAGUUCUCUAGCCACAUCCCAAGAAAUUAAUCCAUCACCUAGGAAAAAAAUCCCUGAUAAUGAAACGAUAUAUAAAAUCUCCAAGCAACUCUGCUGGGGAUGCAUUGGCGAGUCACUCCAAUUCCUGUUUGCACACAAUAUGGUCAGGGCGGUCAAGUGGGAGCUCCCACUGCUAUGGGACUUUCAGCUGGAGAAAUACGCUCGGUGGUGGGCGGGUCAGAGGAAAGCAGAUUGCAAGCUGGAGCACUCAUUCCCGGAGAACGACUUCAAGCUUGGAGAGAACAUAUUCUGGGGCAGUGGCUCCGACUGGAAGCCAGGAGAUGCCGUCAGUGUAUGGGCUGAUGAGGAGAAAUAUUAUAAUUACGUGACCAAUACCUGCCAAGAAGGUCAGAUGUGCGGCCAUUACACGCAGAUUGUCUGGAAGAACACGAGGAGAAUUGGGUGCGCUCGGGUUGUUUGUGACGGUGGGGAUGUUUUUAUGACGUGUAACUAUGAUCCACCAGGUAAUUAUAUCGGGGAAAGGCCGUAUUGAUGGUGAGGAGUUAGAACUUCUAGUUACUGGUGACUAUUCCUAUGGAAAUAAUAAUAAUGUGAAUCUCUAAAUGGAUGAAGAAAAGAGAGUUAGUUAUUUUUCUACCGUUUAAAAGAGAGAGAGAGAGAGAGAGUUAGUAAUUAUUAUGCAGUUAAAAGUAAACGUAGAUAGUCUGUUACUGCUUUGGACGGCCCUGUUUCCUAUGGUUGUUUAUGUGUUGUAAUAUAUAUGGAAUUGAUGUAAGGCUGGGUUUGGUUGGUCCAGUGUGAGGCCGCUAGCCCACUACACAAAAUUAUGUAAUUAUCCCAUUUCGAAAAAGGGACUAGAGAGUAGUAAGGCUGAGUCCAAAUUCAUGCAGUACAAGCCCAAAAGUUGCAGCCUCUCUAUAUGGCUGACAAGUCCGAAACUGGACUGUGUGUGGCCCAAAGCCUCCAUCACAGUGAAAAAGUGGGCGCCAGUGGUGUUGUUU